AUGUCUCUUAAUAAUGUUACAAAACGUCUCCCCAAAAACCCAGCAACAAAUGCAGUCUCAUCGGCCACCGCGCAGGUGGACGCAAGCACCAAACCGAUCACGGACAGCGUCAUACCCGGCGAGUUCCCAGGCGACGAGCACCGCUACAAGCGCGACGAUCCGCAAAGCCGCCCGCUCUCCUCGCUUGGAUCCUCGAUGGUCGAGUACGCUCAGGCGCUGGUCCCCUCGGCGAUCGACAGCUUCGAAAGCACCGUCCGCUGGCUCAUCGCGCGGUUUUUCCCCCCGCCGCGCAGGGAGGCCGCGUACCGCACCGCCAUGUCGAAGCCUAUCGCCACCACGUUCUUCAUCUGCCAGCUUAUCUGUUGCGGAGUACCCUUUCUCGUCUUUGUUGCGGGGCUGAUCCUCUUCGCGGCCGUCGCUAUCUUGCUCUGGGCAAUCCUCUCCCUGCUGAUCCUCGGUCCGGUCUUGCUCGUCGCCAGUCUGAUGGGCGUCUCCCUUUGGGGCUGGGGGUGGAUCCUCUAUGGUUUCGUUCGCUGGUUGGACCAGAAAUACCUUGGUGGUCUUCUCACUCGUUUCUGGCUGCCGAGAUCUGAUUCGGAGGGGGAAGGCACGGAUACACCGAGGGAAGAUGGUAGUAUACAGGGGGAGGGAGAACAGGGGGACGAGAAGGCCGAAUAA